AUGUCUCUCGAGCUGUUAAAAUGGAUUAUGCUUGGAGUGAUGGCACUCAUGACUAUCUUUUUUGGCUUGUUGCCAAUUAAACUGAUCGACUUUCUGAACAAUUCCCAAUCUUCAAUUCAUAAACAUUCUUCCCUUAUUCUUUCUCUUUUCUCCUGUUUUGCUGGAGGUGUUUUCUUGUCAGUGUGCUUUUUGGAUAUGCUACCUGAUUCAUUAGAAGCCUGGGAAGACGUGAAAACAGAUACUGGCUAUCAAAGUGAUUAUCCAUUUGUCCAAUUAAUUGCUCUCUGCGGAUUCUUCUUUGUCUAUUUAACAGAAGAACUAUCGAGUAUAAUUUGUAAUGUUGGUCACGGACAUUCCCAUUCAAAUGACCCAAUUAUGGAAUCAAAUGUCACAUUUCCACGAGCUCGUCUCGCUACAGUAGGAAGUAUUUUCAACGUCGAGGGAAACUUGGUUCAACCAUGCAAACGAUCUCUUCAAGAUUACGACGAAGAUGGCGAAGGACCAGUUCGUCAGUCAAUAAUCUUCACUUCUGCGUUCAUUCUUCACGUAUUUUUCGAAUGUUUUGCAUUCGGAGUUCAAGAAGAUACAGUAUCCGUCACAACUCUCUUUCUUGGUAUCGCAUUACACAAAGCGAUUGUAAUGUUUUCUUUGGGAAUGAAACUGACAAGAACUCAUCCAAGAAGACGUUAUAUUGUUGUUAUUUUGAUUCUGGUAUUGGCUGCAUUCAAUGUAAUUGGAGGUUCAUGUGGAAUUUUAAUUGAAAGUUCAAAUAUGAACCAGACUCCGAAAGACAUUACGACUGCCGUGUUGAUGAGCUUUUCAUUGGGAACAUUCAUCUAUAUUUCGUUUUUUGAGAUGCUUGCUCCUGAACGUGCCAAUAAUCAUUCCAACAUUCUCCAAUGGAUUGCCAGUGUUUGUGGAUUUGCUUUGUUAGCUGUCAAUAUGAUCUGGGCCACUUAA